AUGGAAACAGUGUUACUAAAGUAGCUGUAUGUAUCACAUUGAUCAACAGAAAACUGUGUACUCUAGAGUUUAGAUUAUUAUUAUAAUCUUUCCUGGCAUUGUUCUGUGAUAGAGACACUCAUAGUUUAAGCUUCAUAUUCAACGUUUGGACCAGACUUCUGCAGAAUGCAUCGGAGAGGAGUUGGUGCAGGAGCUAUUGCCAAAAAGAAGCUUGCAGAGGCCAAAUAUAAGGAAAGAGGAAAUGUUCUUGCAGAAGACCAAAUUGUUCAAAUGUCGAAGCAGUUGGAGACCUUCAAGUCAAACCUGGAGGAGUUCGCCAGCAAACACAAACAAGAAAUCCGAAAGAGCUCCCAGUUCAGGGUUCAGUUUCAGGAGAUGUGUGCCACCAUUGGGGUCGACCCCCUUGCCUCUGGCAAAGGUUUUUGGUCUGAGAUGCUCGGCGUAGGUGACUUCUAUUAUGAACUCGGCGUUCAGAUUAUUGAAGUGUGUCUCGCCCUGAAACACAGAAAUGGAGGGCUCAUUACUCUGGAUGAACUCCAUCAGAGAGUAUUGAAGGGAAGAGGUAAAUACGCUCAGGAUGUGAGCCAAGAUGACUUGAUGAGAGCCAUAAAGAAACUGAAGGUGAUGGGGAACGGCUUUGGGAUGAUUCCCGUCGGAGGUUCUUACCUGGUCCAGUCGGUCCCAGCUGAGCUCAACAUGGAUCACACUGUCGUUCUGCAGCUGGCCGAGAAAAAGGGCUACGUCACAGUGAGUGAGAUCAAAGUCAGUCUGAAAUGGGAGAAGGAACGGGCUUGUCACGUCCUGGACCACCUGCUGAAAGAAGGCCUGGCGUGGUUGGACUCUCAAGCGGCUGAAGAAGCUCAGUACUGGCUGCCCGCUCUCUUCUCUGAGCUGACCUCCCGUGAUGUCACACCGGAGGAAGCCAAUCAGAUGACACCUUGAAGAAAAAAAAAGAAAAAAUGACAGAGGCCACCAGCUCAGAUGGAGCCUCAGAGACAUGUUGGUAAACACAUAUUGUUUCCGGUGGGACGGCUCAUGUGACGGAGCCGGCUGGGUGAAGCUCCCUCUGAGAUCAUUUUCUGGACACGAGGAGGGCCAAACUGUCCUCAGCGGCUCCUCCUGUAGCUUCUAUGCAACGAGAGCUCUCACAUAUUCAGACACGACGCUGCACACGGACUUUGGUGUUGUGUCGCUGGUUUAAAGGGUUAUGGGUGGUUAUGGAUCAACGUACAGACUAAACAUGUAAUUGUUUUUUCAUAUAUUAAAGAAUAACUUAAGAUC